ACUCAUCUCCGUUAAAUGGAUUCGACAAUUUUACAGAAAAAACGAAGAGAGUGAAAUGGAGAACGAAGAAGACGAUGAUGGUAGUGUCGAAAGAGAGAAGAGUACAGGGUUCGUGAUAAAGAUACCAUCGUACCAAGAAGUCAUCGACACUUGUCAAUCUCAAGCCCCACCAUCCUCUCUCUUCACUCCUUCACCUUCCUUCUCUCAAUCCUUCAAUUUCAUCAAAAACUCCGAGUUCUACUCUCCCCCUCCGCCGCCCUCCUCCUCCACCACUGCCUCUUCCGCCGCCGCCGCUUCGUCUUCGAGGCAAUUGGGUCAAUCGGAGGCUCCGUCUUCUUCUUCGUCUGCUGGUGUUUCGUCGUCAUGCCAAUCGCAGACUGCUCACAAUCGCAAUGCCAUUCUUGUUAGCCAUAGACAGAAGGGAAAUCCAUUGCUAAAACAUAUAAGGAAUGUGAGGUGGGCUUUCGCAGAUGUUGUUUGUGACUACUUGUUGGGGCAGAGUACAUGUGCUCUUUAUUUGAGCCUUCGGUAUCAUCUUCUUCAUCCAGACUACCUGUAUUAUCGCAUAAGGGAAUUGCAGAAGAACUUUAAGCUUCGCAUUGUUUUGUGCCAUGUUGAUGUUGAGGAUGUAGUGAAACCUUUACUUGAAGUUACAAAAACAGCUUUGCUUCAUGAUUGCACCCUUUUAUGUGGCUGGAGCUUGGAGGAGUGUGGUCGGUACUUGGAGACUCUUAAAGUUUAUGAAAACAAGCCUGCGGACAUUAUCCAAGGCCAAAUGGAUACGGACUAUUUAUCACGGCUAACGCAUGCUCUGACGACAGUUCGACAUGUUAACAAAACUGAUGUUGUCACCCUUGGUUCUACAUUCGGGUCUCUUUCUCAUAUCAUGGAUGCAUCCAUGGAAGAUCUAGCUCGGUGCCCUGGAAUAGGAGAGCGCAAGGUAAAACGCUUAUAUGAUACUUUUCAUGAACCAUUCAAGCGUGUAGUUCCCAAGCAUCUUCCCAUUCCAGAAACCUCUACACAGAACAAUGCUGAACCUUUUCGGGUGAGUGAAGGAAAAGAAGAUGAGAAAGAAGAGGAUGCAAACAAACGUAAGAAGAAAGAACCCGAAAUAACCAUUAAAUCAGCCCUAUCAGCUGCUUUUCCCAAAUAUUCAUACAAAACAGGUAAAAAGAACUAUAAUUCACAACAGGAGAAGAUUGGAGAAUCCAGUAGUGCUGUGGAAGAAAAGGCCAACAGUGACGAUGCGGCAGCUGAUCUCUCUUGAGUGUGCUAUUAUAAUCUCUUUUUCCUUUUUCUGCCCUAAUGUAUGUGGCUUUGAAGAUCAAAAAUGUUUCUUGCAGUUUUGUACACCAGUAAUUUAUCAAGGGAUGUGGAACUAACUGUUCUUUGUAAUUCUGUAAAUUAUUGUAAAAGUAGAUUAGUUGAAUUUACUGAUGAGUACCUGUGUAGCUUCUGAAAGUGUCUAUGCAAGAAUGUUCUUCUAAAGUGUUGAGCAUUUAGUAGUGGUUUGUUAAUAGUUA